CCGUUUUACACAUUCGCGUAUAGUGUUUGAGCAGUGUUGUCAGUCUACUGUUGGACUCGUCGAGUAGGCAACCGAACCGUUUUAGGCGUUUAUAUCGCAGGUUUUUACUGCCAAACGCCUAGACAUAAACAAGAAUUUAAAGGAUAAACAACUACAAAAAACAUUAAAAGUGUAUAGAACAAGUUUGUGUGAAAGUGUAUUUAGUCCUAGUUAAGUUUGUGUGUGUGUGCGUGUCACUAGUGAAACGGUCGAUAAAGUAGAUGAUCGUUCUGUGCUAUUUGUGAAUUCCUUACAUACCUUUAUACUAAGUGAUAGUGACAAUGCCAUCUAACAAGAAACUGAUGUCAAAAAUGAGACAAAUCGCCCAAUGGAUUUUGGUGGUACAUGUGGUAGAGUUCAUAGAGGCAUAUUGCACACCUCGCGACACAGCCCGCCGGUCACCACAGCGCAACCGCCGCUCGCGGGAGCCCAGACGUUCGCCCGAGUCAUCCAGAUGGCGGUACGAGUCGCGACGACAGAACUACGACUUUGAGUCGCGACGUCCGUACGAAUACGAGUCGAAGCGAUAUUUCGGGAGAGAGUACGACCCUGACUCGGGGAGGAAGCCAGCGUUUGACGCGGAGUCGGCUCGCCGACGUGCGGACUACGAGUCAGCGAGGCGGACUGACUUCGACUUAUCCGUGCCCGAAGUAUCGAGACGUAGCCCGGAGAGUGCUCCGGAAGGCUCGGCUGAGUCACCGCCGGAGCCUGCGCCCUCUGCGCCUUUACCGCAAGAGAGGCAACCCAGGCACAGAUCACAACCUUAUUACGAAUCUGAAACAUCUUCAGAGGACAGAUCAUCAUCGACUGAGGGUGAAGAAGACGAGUUUGGUGAAUUCGAUCCCUUUGCAACCGCACCGUCCCUUCAUUCGCCAGAUAGCGGACGCUCCGAUCCACGAUACGCUAACGCUCCUCGAAGAAAUCCCAGUCCAUAUUAUUACGGCGACCUGUUUAAAACUGCCCCGCCUCCACCCGCACCAUCAGCUCCAACAGUUUCUUCCACUUCUUCGUCACGUGGACCACGAUACAGGAAGUCUGCGAGCCUUGACGCACCUCACGUGGCGCAAAGACCGAAUCUGCCUAAAAGAUUCUCAGUGGCGGAAGAUGGCUUUCGUGAGUUAGAACGAUCGUCGUCAUCGUCGGGCGAGAGCGCGUGGAUGCCGCCGAGGCGCCGAGGGCGCGACGCGGCCGGCUGCGCAUGCGCCGCGCCCGAAGAUGUAGAGGAGCAUAGAUCUUCUCGUAGCGUCUUUUACGUGCCAGCGCCGCUGCCACGCUGGCCACAAGAAAUGACCACACGACAGAUAUAUGAAACUGCCUUUGACUGUAAAAUUGCCCGUUCUGAUGAUGACUUAGAUGAUUUUGACCGCGUCAGCAAUCAUCCAGCUCUAUUGCAAGCUGAAGAACGUAAAACUUUCUCUUCUGCGUCAUCUGCAUUUGAAGCUGUCGAACGUAGCGAACCAGAUUAUAAAGGUCGCCGUAAGGUGACUAUGAAAACUGAUAGCGUACGGCGUUCUAAGAUUCCUACGAUACGUCAAAAAAAAGAAAAUGAAACCAAUCCAUCGGCGUUAUCUGAAGAGCUAGAGAAAGUACAUAUCGAAGAGGAAGAGAGAACUGCUACAUCUCAGUUACCACUUAGGGGUUAUACUCCUUCUCCGCCAUCAACCGCACCGUUGCCCACAAAAUUUCAACAGAAAGAUGGAUCUGCAAUGAAUAGUAUUAAAAGUGCUCCAAAUUUACCCCAGACACAGCCGGCACAUCCACGGUUGAAAGACUUGCGACUUCCAGUGAAAUCGCUUCGGGCCCGGGAUACGCCGACUAGCAGCGAUGCUAGCAUGACAGAUGUCAAAGCAUCGGUUUCAACUGAACUAGAUGUUGGACAGCGUCUUAGAGAUUCGAGCCGCGAAUCACGUGAUGGUGAUGAUGAAAGAGCACAAUCUAAAGACGGUAUUUUUUUAGAGAUUAAGGGUCGACCCACUUCCGAUUCAGAUACACCUGAAAUGAAUCGGUACAAGGGGCCCAAGGGGGUCGGCCCUAUAAUGGAGUUUAAAGGCAGGCCCGGUGUCGCACGCCCGCGACGAAAAUAUUCGAGCACUGAGAGUAUGGCGACCAGCAGUAGUGGCGGAAGUAUGGAGUCGCUACGAAGCAGUAACAGCGAAGGUGAUAGAAGUAGCAGUAGUUCAGAAAGUCGUCAUUCGUCAUCUUUAAGCUCUCAUAGCUCGGAUUCCGGAAAUGUGCCAUUUAUAAAAUCACAUCAUAUGCAGUUGUCGGGGUUUGGGCAUCAUCCGACUAAGCUACAUAUUUUGAGCCCUAUAUCAGAUAAAUCUUCCCAAGAGCCAGCAUCGGAAACAUCCGAUAAUAAUAAAAAUAACAAUUCCCAAAAGGUAUCUCCUGAAGAUGUUGAAACUGGAAAUACAACGAUACAAACUACUGUUGAAAUCUUAGCAAAACCUAAAAGACGCGCUUUACAAAACAGAAAUUUACUAAAUCUGACGUUUAGACACUCUACACCAGGCGAUACUGAAAUUCAAGGAUCAGAUAGUGGCAUAUCAAUUCAUUCUAGAGAGGGCGUUGAUUCGAGAAAUGCGUUUAUUAAUUUUAAAAAUAGCAACACUGAAGAAGAACGUAAAGAUGACACCGUUGAUUUAUCAGAUCUUCCAUUCGAUAUGCCGAAGUUGCGCCGAAGACGUGCAGAGGCAGAUGUUGAUUUGAGAUCUUUGCCUUUUGACAUGCCUAAACUACGACGUAAACUACGCGGACAGUCCUUGCAACUGAAUAAUGAUUUUGGAGAGGCUAUUUCUAACGCUUCCUCGAGCCAAAGCGUGCAAGAUUUAAAUCAAGGUAAAAAGCAUCGUGAAAAAUUGACUUUGAAUUUUGAUGGCGGCAAUACUGGCUCCAGUACUGCCAAGGGACUACAUUUGAACUUGGGCCCCAUCGCGCCGCCACGGGACUUGGUUGAUGCUUCCCUUCCACUUGACCGACAAGGGUGGUAUCAUGGAACGUUGUCGCGCUUGGAAGCAGAGGGUUUACUUAGAGAUGCGGAGGAGGGCGCGUUUUUAGUCAGAAACAGUGAAUCCGCUAAACACGACUACUCGCUUAGUUUGAAAUCUACCCGUGGCUUUAUGCACAUGCGUGUAUGCCGUGGAAUCGACGGCUAUACCCUGGGAGGAGCAGCGACCGCUUUCCCCACAGUGCCAGCUCUCAUGAAACAUUACGUCACGGCACAGAGGCUCCCAGUGCGUGGAGCUGAACACAUGGCUCUCUCAACACCACUGCCAGCUGUAAUGCUUUGAAAACUUUGGGAACCAUUGUUUGGAACGAAUCAAAGAACCGAUCGUGUUCUUUCAGCUUUGGAGCCAUCGCUUCGUAGCGUUCGGGCCGGUGUAUCGAGAUAUACAUUAGCACUCUUGAGAACAGUGUAGUAAGAUCCAAUGUAUAUCAAGAAAUGUAUAUAACUAAAUACGCAAUCAACUAUGAGUUUUGCGUCAAAUAAUUUCUUUGAUACUUAAGCGUAAAUAUAGCAGCAGUUAUUUAUUGUAUGUGUAUAGAUUUAGUAACCAGUGAAUAAUACCAAAGAGUUAUAGAAUAUACGUAUACGUAGCGUUGAUUUGCUACGGGGCUUGCAAAAAUUUGUUCGCUCAAAACGUUGCGUCAUGCAACUCGAAGGGCGGGCGCCUUUAUUUAUUAGGAUAGUCUCGAGAAUGACUAAGGACGAUGUAAAGCGUAUUGAGCUACAUACACUUUAUCAGGAUGUGGGGUGUUUUACGAAGGAAAAUGAACCGUCUUGCCUAGAUAAUAAGUUAUCAAAUUAAUUGAAACAAACAUCAAUUUACAUUUUUCCGAGACUUUCCUCAAUAUGUAAUUUCGGUGUCUGUUCUGUUACUCAUGCUAGUCCCAAACCGCAGCCACCUGUAUUGAUGUAUAGUAAUAAUGUAUGUGAUUAUUCAAAUAAGCUUCAUAUUAAUGUUAUUCAAAAUAAUAAUUAUUUCUAUAUCGCAGUAGAUUUGUUUACUCAUUCAUUUAAUCGUGAACUAAUUAUUUCAGUAAAUAUUAAUAUAUUUAACAUAAAUAUAGUGACGCAAACGAUAUGACACAUACAAGAUAUGGAAGGUCAAAAGGGCCAAUUAGAUAAAGUAAGGGCGGCAUUAGAGUGCGAUUCCAAAGAAGCGAGCAUGAGUGAACCGGAGAUAACACUAGCAAUAGCGCUAUUCUGUAAAGAUGUUUUUAAAACUCGACAAUAUGAACCUCAGAUUCGUCUCUAUCUAUCUCUUUUUAACACCAUACUAUAGAUAGAGAAAGAUAAAGACGAAUGAGAAAUGUUGUCGAGAUAUAUAAGAUUAUAGAACAGCGCUACAGGAACAGACUAAUCUAGGUUUUGAUUGAUGAAGUGAUCAUUUAUAAAUGCACGAGUCCACUGUUAGUGGAAAGUGUUUAUUCAUAAGUUAGUUUUAUUUCAGCAGCUGUAUUUAAAAUGGCCUAAAGACAACGCUUAAGUCUUUUAUGUUAAUUUAUAUUAAACAAUUUAUUCUAUGUUGAUAUUAUCCAUUAAAGUAAUAAUUUUAACAUCAACUCAGGAAGGUCUUUGAUGGCCGUAGUAGACAUUACUGACUGACAGAAAAGUGAUAUGUAAGCUAUCCUUCACUUGUGAACCCUAAAAUAGCUCCUCAAAGGAGGUCCGCGGCAAACUUCGAUAACAAAUUUAAUGUUGCUUUGGGAACGAGGUCGAAUGUACUAAAAAUGUUCGUUACGUUAAAUAUAACAAUUUUGUGAGUGAACACUGUUAUCGCACUAAUCGAUGCUUAUACAUAGACCUUAUUUAUAUCGACAUAGAGUUUAGUUUCCCUCGGAUCACGAUUGUGACUCAUCGACUAUUCAGUCACGAAAAUUGUAUCGAUUUGAAUAGGUACCAAACCCGGUGACAUGAAAUGUGGCACUCCCAUAUAAACGGUCUCUUUAUUCAGGUAAUUUCUACAUAUAGCUACAAUAGAAUUAAGAUACUAUUUCAUUUUGCACCGUAGGUAAACGUUAGAUUUUUCAAUUCUGAGCUUAGAAUUAGUAGUACAGAGUACAAUCACAUAGUUAUUGAGAUAAUUUUUCAAACUGUAACAAAAUAAUACAAAAGUCGCUUUUGAUUGCAAAGCUCGUGUCAUUUAUUUUUGAAAUGAAAUAUCAAUUAGAAUCCUUAUCUAUGUUAUCUAUAACUAUUACGUUAAAUAUUUUUUUCAUUCUUUUUUAAUACGUACCUACAUUAAAUACCACAAUUAGUGAUAAAUUUAGUCGUAUAAAUACGAUAUAUUUACUAAAGAUUCAUAGAUGAGUUUCAUAAUGAAUCUGGGGUAGGUGUGAUAUUAGACCAAACAUACACACUGUCUUCAAUAUUACACUUUUAUUUGACAUGUUUACUUAGAGGUGACUAACUUCUGUAAAUAACCGUCAAUAAAACCGAGUUUUAAAUCAAAAGCAACUUAACAUAAGGGACGUAGAAUAUAUUUAUUAUUUACUUAGGAAAACCAUGUUUUGAUACGGCUUUCAUAAUGUUUAUUAAGUAAAAGCGUAGAUAACACUUACGGUGUUAAUUGUCACGGCAAAUAAUUAAGAUCAUAGAAAAAGAAUGCACAUGUUAUGUAACAUUCACAUUGACUUAUUUAUAUUUUUUGUUAUAAUAUUAGAAUUAAGUAGGUUUAAAAAGUGUUUAUGGACCCCUGGUAUUUAAUCCAUAGAUAAGAUUUUCAUUCAAGACUGUCACUUCAUUUUUUUUUCAACUAAAAAUUCGUACAUAAUUUGCUAAUAGGCGAGAGAACCUAAUUAAAAAAACUAAAACUAAAACGACAAAGACGUACCGCCAAGCGAUUUAGCGUUCCGGUACGAUGUCGUGUAGAAACCGAAAGGGGUGUGGAUUGUCAUCCUACUCCUAACAAGUUAGCCCGCUUCCAUCUUAGAUUGCAUCAUCACUUACCAUCAGGUGAAAUUGUAGUCAAGGGCUAACUGGUACAGAAUAAAAAAAAAAAAAAAAAAAAAAAAAAAAAAA